CUCUGUGGCUUUGCUCCAAGCGUCGACACACGCUAGUGCUCCAUAGCCUCUGUGAAAUGGUGUUCAACUUCCUGGUGCUACCAUGGAGAGCUGCCACGAAGCCUCCAUGUCGCAGUUACCACCACCUCUCCCUGGUUUGCCCCUAUACUCAUAGCCGCAUACUCUGUCGUUCACCACCAGGGCACUGUCUAGCGACGAUGCUGGAUUCCGUUGAUACCAUGGGUGAUAUCUCUGUUUCUUCCCUUGCUACUGAUAAUACUAUACUCCGGAUGGUUUAACAUGACAUCUCCUGCGCGCUCCGCUUCAUUUGAUUUUCCACAAAAUGAUUCUUAUAUCUAUACUUAUGCGGAGGCCAUCCUGCCGUAUUCGUAGCGUGAGACCUUCUCACGUGAUCGCGAGGAUAAAUUACGCGUCGGACAUUUUCCAACUUGGACACCAACCACUUACUUUUGUUACUCUUCGACAUAAUUACCAUGUCGUAUCAAAGCGUCUACGUUCCAUCGAACCACAUUUCAGUCGCGCCUGCCGGUGGCCGUCGCCCAACUACUUUUCAUCAUUCAGUAAAGCCAUGAGCUAUUUCAUGCUCAGUGGAAACUACGCGUGCAGUGAAACCUUCCGACAGACACCUACCCCCAACCUUGUUGUUGAUGGGAUCGGACCCAUCAGUUUACCCCUUAGCACGCGCGACGCGCGUCUAAUAAUCAGCAACGCGUCCCGGGCGCCUUACGGCCACAAUCAGCAGACGAUCGUGAAUACCAGCGUUCGUGAUACCUGGGAAAUCAACGCUGCUAGGAUCACUUUCCGGAAUCUGAGCUGGCAGACUUUUGUCCAAGGCACGGUGUUGCCGUCCGUUCUGCAGAAACUUGGAAUGCAAGUGACAGCACCGAGAUGUGAGCUGCAUAAGCUGCUUCUUUAUCAGGAAGGGUCUCACUUUGCUAGACACCAAGACACCGCAAGAACCCCCGGGAUGUUCGCCACAAUUGUUAUCAUCCUCCCAUCUCGUUACGAAGGCGGAGCAGUUGAAGUCUCCCAUGCAGGUUCCUCCCGAUCUCUGACGUUCGACUUUGCCUCGCAGUCUCAAACGUCGACGACCGUGCUUGCCUGGUACAGCGAUGUCCACCACGAAAUCCAACGGGUCACGUCUGGUUACCGCCUUGCCCUCACCUACAAUGUCAUUCGACCACCAUCUCGAGGGACAGUUGAACCCCUGCCUUCUGUUCCUGACGUGUUGACUUUUGCAGUCGACAACCUGCGGAGUAUCCUUCAGCGGUGGGCUGAGUUGCCCAAUCGGCGCCGCACGUUCUUCGCGUACAUGUUGUCACAUCAGUACAGCAUCGAUGACCUGGAGGACGACGGGAUCCAGGCACUCAAAGGAGACGAUAAGCAUAAAGUCGGAUAUGCUCGUGAUAUCGCGGAGCAACUGGGAUAUCGGAGUAUUGGCAGACGAAGUGCACAGGUACAAGCGCAGGCGGGGUGAGGAUUUUGAGUACGCAUCACGCAGGGAUGACAGACUUGAG